AUGUGGACGGAUGGCAUCGUCCAGCCUGCCCCUCCCAUAAAAAGAGCGCUUUUGGAGGUUGUGGACAAGCUCAAGUCUACGCCAGAUGUCCAGGUUAUAGACUGGCAGCCAUUCAAGCAGAAUGAGGCACUGGAGAUUCUUAAGCGAUUGUACAGCCCAGAUGGGGGUAGAGCGUUCAUGGAAAACCUUGCUUUGUCCGGCGAACCAAUCUUGCCCCUCCCCGCUUGGACCAUUCGCGACCAGCCUGGAAUCGAGGCACUCGACAUCAAAGGUCUCUGGUAUUGGACUAGAAAACGCGACCAGUUUCGCUACUCAUAUUUAAAAGAGUGGAAUACAGCGGCGCCGAAUAUGGAUGUCAUUCUCUGCCCUGUGUACCCCAUGCCCGCACCAGUUCAUGGAACGUCACGGUAUUGGGGAUAUACAUCUCUAUGGAACCUCUUGGAUUACCCAGCCAUUACCUUUCCUGUCACCAGGGUUGACCGUGAGAAGGAUGGCCAGGCUCCUGGUUACAUUCCCCAAAAUGACUCCGACAGGUGGUGCUAUGACAGCUAUAAUGUUCAGAAACAGAAGGACGCGCCGGUUUCGCUACAGUUGGUGGCGCGGAAGUCAAAAGAUGCGGAGCUUCUACAAGCAGCAGAGAAGAUCCAGCAGGAGAUUGGGUUGCCUUUCGUGGAUUGCCUGGCCUAG